AUGAUCAAUCAGACUUGUCUUUUAAAUGUCAGUUGGUUUACUAAUUUAAUAAUAAUUGUGCUAGUGUACUAGUAAGAUAAAAUUACAAAUCUAUAGAAGCUUUUUCAGAUUUUAUAGUAUUACUGUAUGUAUACAUUACUAGUCAAAAAUAAAAUAAAAUUAAGAAUGAGUAGGCUUGUCCAAACUUUUUUUUUUUAUUGGAUUUUCUCCCCUUUUCUCCCCAAUUUGGCAUGCCCUAUUCCCAAUACGCUCUAAGUCCUCAUGGUGGCAUAGUGACGCGCCUCAAUCCGGGUGGUGGAGGACGAAUCUCAGUUGCCUCCGCGUCUGAGACCGUCAAUCCGUGCAUCUUAUCACGUGGCUUGUUGAGCGCAUUACCGUGGAGACGUAGCGCGUGUGGAGGCUUCACGCUAUUCUCCGCGGCAUCCACGCACAACUCACCACACACCCCACAGAGAGCGAGAACCACACAUUAUGGUGACCACGAGGAGUUUAUCCCAUGUAACUCUACCCUCCCUAGCAACCGGGCCAAUUUGGUUGCCUAGGAGACCUGGCUGGAGUCAAUCAGCAUGCCCUGGAUUCGAGCUUGCGACUCCAGGGGUGAUAGUCAGCGUAAAUACUCGCUGCGCUACCCAGGCCCCCUUGUCCAAACUUUUAACUGGUAGUGUACAUGCAAUAAUAUCUAAAUAUAAUGUAUUUAUUUAAAAUAAAUACAUUUUUCAUUUUUCAUUUAAAUUAAAUUAAAAUAUAAAAUAUAAUUCAUGCAUGUGUGUAUUGUGUGUCUUGAGUUAAACUGUAUUGAUUUGAUAAUUAUGCUGUUUUUGUUGCCGAGAUAUGUUGUUUGUGAUCAUGAAUAUGCUUACGUGAUGUUUAUGUUCUCUCCUGAACACAUGAGCUUGUUGUUAACAGCAACACUGGAGCAUUUGUGUGUGUAUGCAUGAGUUCAGCCUCAGAUGAACCAUGUUGUUUAUGUACUUACUAACAUUUAGUAUGGAUGCAUGCAUGAUCCUGUUGCCAAUCAUUGUCAAUAUUGAUUUAAUGGCCUGUUGUAGUGUUUUAUAACAACAUCUUUUCCCUUCAAAGGAUUUGUUGAACUGGUAUGUAACAUAAUCUUUUAUUGUAAUGUGUUUGGUUUUGCUGUAUGGAUUGUUAGCCUUCAUAUGAACAUAUUUAUAAUAUCAUCAACCCUUUUUAAACCACUUCUAGACUUCAUUUAGGAAGACGAUCUGACUUUUAAAUACGGAUCAUACUUUUUAUUGUUUUAUGGUUAAAGAUAAUUAGUGUGAAUAAUCAAUGAAGGAAAUGGAAGCGUAAUUACUAAUAGAUAAUGUAAAUAGUAUUGUUUAUAUCCUCACGAGAUCCAUAUUUUUGUUAAUAUCACAGAGUCCAUACACACCACUGUUUUACAGUAAGUCCUGUUGUAUCUUAAAUAGGACAUUCUGGGCUUUGAUAUGACAUUAAAUGUUCGAGGUUGUGGCCAAUAUGAUAAUAUUAUUAAUAAUGUUAAUGUUAUUUGACAUUAUGAAGAGAUACUGUAAUAAUAACAGGGUGAAUACAGGUAAAGAGGGAUUCAUCGUCAGUUCCUGUAUUCUCCCUAGUGAUAUGGUAGAAUAUGUUUUUUAUUUCUUUUAAAUUUUACUAUUUUUAUUAUUUUUAUUUUUUGCUGGGUCUCAGGAGGAUAUAUACUACUUAUAAAAAUAUACUUAUAUACUUAUUUUGUAUACAAUACACUGUAAAAUCUAAUUUGUUGACCUUAUUUAGAUUUUUUAAGGCAAUCGGUUUGCAUUCAUUUUUUACGUAAACAUACUUAUUUGGCAAUGUGAACUAAAUUAUUUAUCUGUGAUUUAAUGUAUUGUUGUAUUUAUUUAAUUAUUUAAAUUGAGUUAUAGGACAUCUUAUACAGUAUAAGGGAAAUUAUGACUGGACUCUAGGUUAGCUAUAUAGCACAUUAGAUUCUCCUCAGUACCUCUUGGUGCACAUAAAACUGCACUUUGGUAAAGUACAGUUGAGUAAAGAAGAAUGACUCAAAUUUAACAGGCUCUAAGUUCACCAGAGGUAACACUAAUAACAACAACAAAAGUCAUUUGAAUUUAAACCAUAUUAAUUUUUUAAUAACAAUUAUUGUAUUUCUCCCUAAGUUCCCUUGUCCUGACCAAAACAAACAUAAUUUAUUCAAGCAUAAGGGCUUAUGGGUAUCCCACACAGCCGCAAUUUUGUACUUGCUAAUUUUGAGAUAGUAUUACUCGAAGCCAAAGUUUAAAGAACGUGUAUAUUUGAGUUAUGAUUCCAAAAUGUGACAUUUCAAGUUCUGCUUAAUUAGUUUUAAUUAGUUUAAUUGAUUGUUUUUAUUAAUGACAACUUUAGGGUUUAGAGUGUAAUGGUAACUUAAUUAAAACUAGUAAGAAUAGUUAAAAGGAAAGCUUAAGUUGAGUCAACUAUUUUUAUUUUUUAUUUUAGAUAACUAGUUAUUAGUUACUGUAGGCUCUAUAUACUGUAUAUUCUGUUGGAUGUCAGAAGGAUAGGUAUUAGGCUAUAACAUUUUUUGUUUAUGUUAUCUUACAGAUAGCUAUUUGUCUUUUUAUAAAGUAUGACUCAAGCCCUGCUGCCUCUUAUCUGGGCCGUCCAGAGGGAAGGCCACAUGAGUUCACGCUUUUCUGUCAUAUUGGUCCGGGUCGUAUAUAAACAGCGCGCAAAGCCUCUAGGUCACUUCUAAGAGCGUCUGUAGCUCCUUGAGUUCAUGUGGAUACUUUAUAUUGGAUGAACGCACAUAUCUCUCUGCAGAAGUGAUGUUUUUCUCCAGAAGAAUUAAGGAAGGAUGUCAGCUGAUGCCCAAAUACAGCUUCGGCCUGGUAGUUUCUGUGACAGAGUACUACCGGCGGAUAGAUGCGCUAAACAGUGAGGACCUGCGCUCACUAUGCAAACGCCUGCAGAUCACAACCAAGGAAGAGGUGAACUCCAAACUUAUAGUGAAGAAUGAACCAGAACCAGAGUCAUUCAGGCCCAAUCUGAAUGAGCCCAGUGACCUCCUGCGACCAGAUCAGAUCGAGAAGCUGGCCAAGCACCUGCCCCCCAGGACUAUCGGCUAUCCCUGGUCCCUGGCAUUCAGCACGUCCAAACACGGCAUGAGCAUCAAGAGCCUGUAUCGUGCCAUGCAGGGCCAGGAAUCGCCGGUUCUCAUGGUGAUCAAGGACAGUGAUGGGCAGCUGUUUGGAGCCUUCGCUUCAGAACCUUUUAAAGUCAGUGAUGGCUUCUAUGGCACAGGAGAGACCUUCCUCUUCACCUUCUGUCCAGACUUUAAGGUUUUCAAAUGGACUGGUGACAACUUGUUCUUCAUCAAAGGAGAUCCAGACUCCUUGGCCUUUGGUGGUGGAGGGGGUGAAUUCGGUCUGUGGUUGGAUGGCGAUCUGUAUCACGGCAGAACUAACUCCUGUAAGACCUUUGGAAAUCCAAUGCUUUCAAAAACAGAAGAUUUCUAUCUGCAGGACAUUGAGAUCUGGGCCUUUGAAUAACACCCCCUGCCUCAUGGACUCUGUACAAAAUAAAUAGGGUUAGAUGGCUACUUCAGCAACCCCUUCAGGACCUGAUUGCACACUCUCCCCCUGGCUCCCAAGAAAACCUGAUAUAGGCUGAGCAGACUGUAAAAUACAGUGUACAGUUGCCCUUCAUUUCUGGAACUGCCGAGCGUGGAUGGGUGUUCUUUGCUGUGCAUGACCCAGGUGUCUCAAUGAAAGGUGGUUUAAGGUCAUACGAACAUGUUUUUACCCAUUGGCUGCCUGAAGUCCUCUAGUCUUGAGGAAAAGGAAGGGCACCAGUGAAUGUUGUAGAAUGUUGUAGAAUUUCCCAAGGAGUCUAAAAAGUAUUUUUAAAGUUGUAAAACAUGGGGUUUUUAGUCCUACUACUUGUCAACUGUAGCGUUACGUCUAUAUCAAGCACAUUAUAUCUAACGUCAAAACCCCAACAGGCACUAUAUAAUCAUAUGCCUGUACUUGAUGUCUUAUUCAGUACCGUUUUGCUGUAGAAAUGUGGAGUAACAUGCAAAUUAAUAUGUGAUGCCCUUUUCAUACCAAUAAGCUUCCUGUAAUUCUUUUAUUGCGUUCUGGGAGCGAUGGACUUACAGGAGAAAUGUGUCUGAAAUGUCAAGGAAUAGGAACCGAUCCGUUUUUUUUUUCCAUCAUCCAUCUGAUGGAAUAUAUACAUAUAUAAAUACAUAUAGCAAUUAUAUAUUUAUACCUUUAUUAGUGUACUGUGUACAUAACUACUUGACAAAUCGCUGUUAUGUGUGACAGUGAUGUUUUGCGCUACUGUCCUAAAGUAUAAUCUCAAUUGUACAUUUUCCUUGUAUAUUUGUUUCAAUAAAUGCAUUUCUAUGUGCACACAAUGUAAACACUUCUCCAAUGUAAACCUGGGAGCGAAGAGUUUUCAACAGGUAGCUGGUCUCUUGAGAUGUAUAUACUGUAUAUAAGGUGACCUUGGCGUUUUCGAGGGAUCUGAUGAGGGUGAUGAGAGACUAAUGAUUGGUGCAAUCAGACCCAAUCUCCAGUGCUUAUAGGUGACUGGUGUCAACAGUGAUAGAGAAAGCCAGUUACUGAAAUAUUUACAAAGAGCCACUCAGGGCACAUUGGCACAAGUUUCUGAAAAACAGGGAAAACUGAUGGAGAAUAUUAAAUAGAAAAUUUUCUAUAUUGUCUUGCACUGACUAUACAGGAACUUAUUGUGUAAUUGUCUCUUAGCAGUAUUCUAACUUGUAGUUCAUGCAGAGAGAUGCCAAUUUGCCAUUGUGGCCAACUAAAAACAUGGCCAAACAUUUGACCCUGUGCGCGUCUGUUGUCAGAGCAGACGUCUUGUUGUGAAGGUCUGAAGGUCUCUGCAUGCCGUGGGAUCAUAGAGUUGAUGGACUGAAAGGCCCCUCUGGGGCCACCUGCACUUUUCUGGUCUUCCAGUGCAGCAUUUGAUGCCCAUGUGGAAGCUUAAACAGAAUCAUUAAUUCCCUAAAACAACCCUGAUAGAUGAUUAUGUUUUAAUGUAUUAACCACAAUAAAGUCCAUGAAAUGGUGA